AUGUUAUGUUGUUUUCUUACUCGCUAUUGCUUACUACUGGACUGCCCGUUCCUUUUGCCCCCUCUUGCAUGCGCCCCUGUAGACUUUGAACUCUACCCUUUUAUCCUGCUUCUCCCCUCUAAGUCUGUUCUCUUUACUUUUGCAACCUUUGUAGCGCUAGUUGCGGAUCCCGCGCUCUCGCAGGGGUUUGUUUUUUCCGCCUUGCCAGCGGGUUUGCCCGGGGGGGCGCGACAGUCUUUGGGGAUUCUGGCACUUGACGUUCACCAACGUGUUGCCGGCGGGACGUUGCACAACUUUUCGUACUACACCCCUGCGGUCCGACGACCAACUUCGUGUUGA